CGGUCGUUGGUGUCUCUCCGGCUUUGUUAAUUAACUGCUCACUUUGUCAACAAGGCCACCGACCUCUGGGUACUAUGAAAACCUACGUGCUAAUAUUUAAAAAACCGAUAGGAUAAACAGUGCUAACGUGCUAGCUGUAGCCUGUUAGCGACCAAGUGCCAGCGGCGGAUGGACGGAGCUCAGUCUCCGCUGAUGGUCGCUCAGGCUCGGCUAGCUGGUCGGUUAGCCGGUUAGCUACCGCUGGCUGUUCUUUGUGGAAGGGGGGGAGACAACACAGACAAGCUAAUGUUCACUCACGGGCAUGUCGGUUAGCUAGAUUAGCGUCACUGCACAAAGACGAUAGCUACAUUUAAACUGUGGAGAUUAAUCUGCUGACAUGUUUUGAUCUAUGGAGCCAACACAGCAACAUACAGAAUCUAGCUAUCUGUUGCUAGCAGGCAGCUCACGGUGAUGGUUGUUUGGGCUGUUUUGUCAUCAUCUUCACCUGGCUUCAAUAGUAUUUUAGUAUUAAAAACGUUAUUUGUCUUUCUUUGCAUUAACGGAACAAUAAACUGGCGUAUGUUACACUUCUGCUGGAGCAGCUGUUGUACCGCCACCUGUCUAUAAUUUAGUUUUAGUGGAAUAGAUGUAGAUACUAUUUCUUUCUCAUUACGACAGUUGACUAAACAUCCACCGGGUCUCGUUUUAUUGUCAGAUGAUUGUUUGUCACCGUUUCAUUUGGUUUUCGCUUCGGUCUUUUAUCACAUUGAAUUGUUACUGUCGCCUUGGUACAUCAGUGCUAGCCUAAUAAAACGGGAGCUAAAAUGAAACACGGUUCUCCUGAAUAAUUCAGUAGUUAAAUGUCCUUCCGCUGAGCAGGAUAGUCCUCGAACUGAAGUGAUUGCUCUUCACGACAUGACAGUCCUCCAUGGGAUCCCCGAGGCGGGUUGUAAAGACGUGAUGACGUUACCGGGAGAAGCUGAUGGAGUCCCUGCUCCUCCUCUCACACACACACGGGGGCCGCAUGAGGAGGACACAGAGCACUGACAUGACACACUGAACUGGACAGAAACGCUACGAACAUCAACUGGAACCUGGGUUUGUUUUUGAUCACAUGACUGGAGUCUGCAAUCUUCCACAGUGGAUUUCUAAAUCCUUACCCGGUACACUCUCGUAUGUUGCCUUGUCAUUUAAACAUCACCAACAAGGCAGCUCACGUGAUCAAACGCAUCACAAUGACUUGAAUGAGUGCCUUUUUUGUUGUGUAUGCAGCCCAUUCAGCUGUAUGACAUCUUCAACAUAGCUUCGCUAAAGAAGUCCACAGUUUCGUGACCUCAUUUGUACUUUUUUGGGAAGUGUUCACUGAUCACCUUUUUAAUCGUUAUUGCAAAUCACCGAGCUAGCCGAGGGAAAGCGCGAGUACUAUGCACCGUUGUCGCUAUCUCACAUCUGACACUGAACCAGUGACUUCAGCGGAGGAGAGGCUCUCAUAACGGUACCGACCCCUCCGAAGAACCCCCGACCUCCCUCUGGGUAUUUUUUAUUUUCUUCUUUUAUCUACGGGGGUGUGGAGAGCUGCAGGGAUGUUCGCCGCUGUGGAGCACGGCCCGGUCCUCUGCAGCGACUCCAACAUCCUGUGCUUGUCCUGGAAGGGCCGCGUGCCCAAGAGCGAGAAGGAGAAGCCGGUAUGCAGGAAGCGCUACUACGAGGAGGGCUGGCUCGCUACCGGGAACGGUCGAGGAGUCGUCGGGGUCACGUUCACGUCCAGCCACUGCAGACGGGACCGGCCCACCCCGCAGAGAGUCAACUUCAACCUCAGAGGACACAACAGCGAGGUGGUCUUGGUGCGAUGGAACGAGCCCUUCCAGAAACUGGCCACCUGUGAUACAGACGGAGGGAUCUUUGUUUGGAUCCAGUAUGAAGGCCGCUGGUCCGUGGAGCUGGUCAAUGACCGUGGAGCGCAGGUGAGUGACUUCACCUGGUCCCAUGAUGGUACCCAGGCUCUUAUCUCCUACCGGGAUGGCUUUGUACUGGUGGGAUCCGUCAGCGGGCAGAGACACUGGUCCUCUGAGAUCAACCUGGAAAGCCAGAUCUCUUGUGGUAUCUGGACCCCCGAUGACCAGCAGGUGUUGUUUGGUACUGCAGAUGGACAGGUGAUAGUGAUGGACUGCCAUGGGCGCAUGCUGGCCCACAUUCUGCUGCAUGAGUCGGAUGGCAUCGUCGGUAUGUCCUGGAACUAUCCCAGUUUCCUGGUGGAGGACAGCAGUGAGAGCGACACAGACUCUGACGACUACUCCCCACCGCAAGUGUACAGCCAGAAACCACUGUUAACAGUCAGCUUCACUUCUGGAGACAUCAGCCUGAUGAACAACUAUGACGACCUCACUCCCACCCUCAUCCGCACCGGUCUGAAAGAUGUGGUGGUCCAGUGGUGCUCGCAGGGGGACCUCCUUGCAGUGGCGGGGAUGGAGAGGACCGUCCUCUCCAACGAGCCCUCCUGUCUUCCCACCACCAGGAACGCACUCGUUAAGUUCUACAACGUUCGGGGUGAACACAUCUACACACUGGACACACCAGCACAGCGCCCCAUCACUACGCUGUGUUGGGGUCACCGGGACUCUCGUCUGUUCUUGGCGUGUGGCUCGGCGCUCUACGUGGUGCGAGUGGAGCACCGCGUCGCCAACCUGCAGCUACUCUGCCAGCAGGGCAUCGCCACAGCAGUGAAGGAGGAGAAAGACGUUGCCAAGCUCACCAUGCCUUCCCGCCUCUGUUCUUACGUCACAACUGCUUUUGUCCCAACCAUCAAGCCCCCCAUCCCUGAUCCCAACAACAUGCGUGAUUUUGUGAGCUACCCAACAGCUGGAAACGAGCGUCUGCACUGUACCAUGAAGCGUACGGAAGAUAACCCCGAGGUGGGGGGGCCGUGCUACACUCUUUACCUGGAGUACCUCGGAGGGCUGGUGCCGAUCCUCAAAGGUCGUCGAAUAAGUAAACUGCGUCCAGAGUUUGUCAUUAUGGACCCCAAGACAGAUGGGAAAACAGAUGAGAUGUACGGCAACAGUCUGAUUACUGCCAUGAUCGACAGCUGUAACUGCUCAGACUCCAGUGACAUUGAGCUGAGUGAUGACUGGGUUGGCAAGAAGUCUCCAAAGAUAUCCAGGGGUAGCAAAUCCCCCAAACUGCCCAGAGACUUAGUUUGUCCCUUUACCAACAGGAUCAACAUUGAUCCCAGAAAAUCGCCCAAACUAUCUCGCACUACACAAGAGAUAUCCAGGUCACCGCGGUUACCUAUACGAAAACCCUCAAUUGGGUCACCGAGUCUAACACGGAGGGAGUUUCCUCUAGAUGACAUCACUCAGCAAAAUUACCUUGCUCAGGUCACAUCCAAUAUUUGGGGAACAAAGUUUAAGAUUGUGGGACUCUCCGCAUUCUUGCCAACUAAUCUUGGUGCAGUCAUCUAUAAGACAAGCCUCCUCCAUCUACAGCCCAGACAGAUGACCAUCUACCUGCCAGAGGUGCGUAAAGUCUCUAUGGACUACAUCAAUCUGCCCGUCUUCAGCCCCAAUGUCUUCAGUGAGGAUGAAGACGACCUGCCCGUCACGGGCCCUGCUGGUAGCACCGAUGACAACCCGCCCUGCACGGUCAACAUACCUAUUGCCCCCAUCCAUAGUCCCGCCCAGGCCAUGUCCCCCGCCCAAAGCAUUGGACUGGUCCAGUCACUUCUAGCCAAUCAAAAUGUUCAGCUGGAUGUCCUAACGAAUCCCACAGCCACCCCUGCUGGGGCCUCUGCUGGUGGGUCAGACCAAAGCCAGGACACCAUCCUGACAGCCCAGUACACAGUUCCCACCAGGUACACCAAUCCUGGUCAGGUCAUCUUUGGGGGACUAGAAAUGAGUCGCCUAAUGGUGGGACCCCCACCUUCUCAUCAUCCUUCACAACAACCGCAACAACAGCCAAGCCACCACCAUCAACAACAGCAGCAGCAGCAGCAGCAACAACAACUACUACAACACCAACAACAUAUUCAGCACCAGCACCAACAGCUUCAGCACCAACAGCAACUCCAACAGCAGCAGCAGCAGAUACUCCAGCACCAACACUUACAACAGCAGCAGCAGCUUCAGCAACAGCACAUUCAGCAGCAGCUCCAACACAUGCAGCAGCAGCAUCAACAUCAGCUCCAGCAGCACAUACAACAACAGCAACAACUACAACAGCAGCAUCAACAAAUUCAACACCAACUGCAGCAACAAAUACAUCAACAGCAAACACAGCAGCAGCAUCAGAUGCAACAACAACAACAGCAGCAGCACCAUCAACAUCAGCAGCAGCAGUUUCAGAUUCAAAUCCCUGUUCCUUCUAUGUCAUCUGUGCUCCAGCAGGGGGCGCUGCAGAUACAGAUCCCUCAUCCACCUGCGGAAUUACUGCUUGAGAGAGCAGUGGGGGGUGAACAUGAGCACCUACUGAAAAUCAAAACCACUCGGUCAACUCCACAGCUGGCUGAGGGUGAUACAGUGGUGUUCAGUGCCCCUCUAGAGCUCAGCAAGAUGAACCCCCCACCCCCUUACCCUGGGACAGUGGCUGCCGCAGUGGCUGCAGCGGCGGCUGCUGCUGCUGCAGCAUCAGCCGCCGCUGCAGCCUCCAAUGCUGCAUCUGGAACAGGAGGGAGCACCAGUGGGACUCCUCCCCCUGGGGACCUUUGUCUGAAGAAGGGAGAGUUAUCACUUUAUCCUUCAGGUCAGCAGCAAGCGCAGUACCCCACACCACUGGGAUAUGAGAGGAUAACGACGUUUGACAGCAGUGGGAAUGUGGAGGAAGUAUGUCGUCCUCGAACGCGCCUUGUCUGCAAUCAGAAUGUUUACACACUCCAGGGACCUGGCAGCUCUGCCACUCUCAGGGUCACCUCCUCCUCCUCCUCAUCCUCCGCCUCACAAGACAAGAAGAUCCAGCUUCCCUACACCUCUGCAACACUCAACAGACUCACUGCACCUCGCUAUUCCAUACCCAGUGGAGACCCGCCCCCAUACCCUGACCCAGCCAAUCAGAACAGCGCUGUCGGCAGGAACCCUGGACAGAGGCUUGACAGCAGUCUGAUCCAUGCCACUCUCAGGAGGAACAGCCGAGAGGCCGCUCUCAAAGUUUCCCAGAUGCUGGAGCCGCCCAGACCAUUGCCUCCUAAGGCUAAAAAUAAUAGUGCACUAGCAGCCUCGUUCCAGCAGAGGGUGCCAACAGCCUUAUACACCUGCAGUCAGUGUAGCAGUGGAUCUAGUGUUGGAAGCACUGCCCCAGGGAGCACUAACGGAAUAGCAGGAGGAACUAUUAUCAGACAGGAUUUCCCUCCAGGGAAUGGGGCGCCACACAGCACAGUUAUUGUUCACUCCAACAGCACUACUCCUCUGGCCUCCCAGUCCUCUUACAGCCUGCUGAGCGCUCUUGAAGGAUCUGGUUCUUCAGCAGCAGGAGGAGGAAGUAACAGAGACAGGGGUGAUUAUGUAAAUUCAGCAUUUAGUGAGGAUGAAAGCCUGAACCAGUCACUGAGGAAUCUGGCGCUAGGAGGAAAUGAUGCACCAGGGCUGGUUGUCAAACGCCCACCUCCCUAUCAGUGGGACCCAGCUGCCACGGAGGAGGUGUGGGUUCCUCAGGAACGGACAGCAGCGCUGAAUCCCACCGGACCCCCCGGACCCCACAAACCACCCCCACUUAUUCUUAGCCCAGCUCAGCACUUGGAUCUGUCCAGGCUGCCUUUUGUCCUUUCUCCAAAGUCCCCCACCAGCCCAAGUGCUGCAUCAUUUCAAGCUGCUGCAGCAGCUGCAGGCUACCAAAUCUCUCUCCAGUACCCUCCAACAACUGCCUAUUCUGGAGCCCAGCUACAGCCCAUGCCGGGGUCACCAUGCCCCUGCUCUUCCCCAAAGGAGAUGGUGGCACCUGUACCCUUCUCACAACAGGAGGCAACCCUUGUAUUACCGCCUGGUUACACUGCAAACCUUGCAAACCUAGCCUGUUGCCCACCCAUGUAUCCAGGAGGAAGUGCUUGUUCCGGGCUCCCCAUUCCCCCUAUUUCCCUUCACACUCCUUGGGGUACCUAUAAUUCUUGCCCGCCUAUGCCCAGUCCUGCAGUGCCACUACCACCCAAAGCCUCCCACAUGGCCAUAGACAAAAAGGUCCUUUCGCCGCCGCCUCCUCCACCACCACCCCCACCGCCACCACCAGCAGAGCUGCAGAGCCAUGGAGGAUUACAAGAGGCCAUGGCAGAGGCUGGGGAAGGUUUUCAGGAGGUACUCUCCUUGACUGAGAGCCCCGUCCCACAGCGGUCCGAGAAGUUCAGCAAGAAGAACCGCAAGCGGGUUGAUGGGCGCGCUGAGGAGGCUAACGUGCCACCUUUGGCUGAAGGGAGCAAAUUGAAAAAGGAGGGCCGAGCUUUGGGUGAUUUCAACUCACUCAUCUCAAGUCCGCGGCUGGGAGGAAGGGACAAGAAGAAGCUUAAGGGACAGAAAGAGCAGCAGUUGAAGACCAAGAAGCUGAAUAAAGCUACUGCCAAUAGCGAGUUCCAAGACAGUUCAGAAAGUGAGCCAGAGCUGUUCAUCAGUGGAGAUGAGCUGCUCAAUCAGUGCCAGAGUGGUAAGAAGGGUUGGAAGACCAAGAGGAACAUGAGGGCUGCCAGUGAGCUGGACGAGAUCAAGUGUCGAAAGGCCAACGAGAAGGAGGACCGAGGGCUGGGCAGCCAGGGCUUUGUGUACGUCAUGGCCAACAAGCAGCCACUGUGGAAUGAAGCCACGCAGGUCUACCAGCUGGACUUUGGUGGGCGCGUCACACAGGAGUCUGCCAAGAACUUCCAAAUUGAACUGGAGGGCAGACAGGUGAUGCAGUUCGGCAGGAUUGAUGGCAAUGCCUACAUCCUGGACUUUCAGUAUCCCUUCUCUGCUGUGCAGGCCUUUGCAGUGGCUUUAGCCAAUGUUACUCAACGCCUCAAAUGAGGGGUCCCCUCCCUCUUUACCCUGAGUUCUAUCUGGGAUUUUAAACGCAAUCUGUUGAAGGGACAGUUGUUUCAUUUGAGAUUAAUAGACUUUGAUUUUGGUGAGAACACUUAAAUCAGCCCUGGUUAUAGAGAGAGAUACAAUCAUGCUGCACUACACAAUGCUGCCACUAGAGUUGGUGCAAUAAGCAUUUGCUGCAUUCGCCAAGGACGCCCUCCGAUCUGCUCCAUUUGGCAGUCAGUGGCACCUUGCAGUGCAUGUAGGGCCAAAGAGCUGAGCUUUGGUAAUCGUCAUGCAAAUAAAUGCUGCUUUAGCUAGAAGAAGCUUAUAGACAUAACCGAUCGGUUAACUGAGAGAAUAAGGUGCAGUUUUCAAAAGAAGCAGCAGUAAUACUUGAAAACCACACUCUGGAGAUCACCGUUGUGUUUUUCCGAGAGCGCACAGGUACUACUGGGCACUGAAAUCCAUUGCUGUACAAACUUCAGUGAAACAGUUCCCACUUUAUUAUACUGCUUUUGCUUUUAGGAUUUUAUUAAAUGACUCAACAUCGUGGAGGGUGGGAGGUUAUUUUUGUUUUUGCUCUCUGCCAUUCCUUUUGUUACUCUCUCAGUCCAUCUUGGUGGGAAUUGAGGCUUAGAUAUAUGCAUCAUUUAGGAGCACUACUAAGAGGUCACACAUUUCACUGUAGUCAAAGGUGUGUCACUGUUAAAAACUGGGGCAGGUCAAGUAGUAAAUAUAGAUAAGUUGAACUGCAAUCUUUUCCAUAUAUUUUCCUGGGACGCUGAAGGAAGAAGUGUUACUCUGCUACAUGGAUUAAUUUAUAUGUACAUUUUGUUCCUUAUCUAUUCAGAUAUGAAUUUUAACAUUAUUGUCAUUGUUUGUGAUACACAAUCGUCACACCCUGUCAACAUGGUUUUCAACUUACUUGCUUUAUUUGGGAGAACUGGUUGCUGAAUUUGAAUAUUGGGUGGAAGGGGUGUACCGAAUAGCUUUGACUGAUACGUCCUGCACUUGGUGAAAUAUCUACAUACGGUGACGCAGGCGCAAAAGAAGUCGCCAAGGCCUGGAUUGAACAGCUUAACCUCUGGCAUGAAGUGAUUUGUCACCUGCUGUCACUUCUGUGAAGUGAGUGUGUAGUUGGGGUGGGGUGCAGGGGGGGGGGGGCGCUGCCCCUGCUCUUUAAGACCACGCUAAACAUAUAAGCAAGGUACAGGAAAUAUUUUUGUAUAUUUCCCCGAUGCCAUUUCAUACUCUUUUCAGAAGUCAUGUAAAUACAUAUCGGUCACAUGUAAAUGUUGUAAAGAGACUUGGGGUGACUUUGACGGAUGUCUGUUUGCACCUGUUUUCACUGUGUUUUAGGUGUAAUUUCAGGUGUGGAGCGACGCUGUAGAACCGUUUAACUCAACAGCUCCAACCACAAAAAGAAAAGUUGACAGUUGAGAUGAAAUCAUUGUCGCUGAAUCUUUGAAAUCAGAACUCCAAUGAGGGGCGAAGCUAUUGAAAUCUGUUCAUUCAGUAAGCUGACACUGAAAUCUGAAAAGCUGUUUCUUUUUUUCUUUUUUCUUUUUUCAGGCAGUCCAACUUGUAUUUGUGUUGAACUGAAGACACAGAGCGGAGCCAGCUGAUAGGACCGUGGACAAGAGUAAAUUAUUAGGCAAAUAUAUAUAAAUAGUUUUUAUCUGUGUAAGAUGAUAGCAAAACACAUCUAAAUAGGGCCGUAAUAUUAGGCAGGUGUGACUCGGGUCACCUCUAACCUUUGUGCCAAAAGAUGCAUUUGCUAAAAUUUAUAGUUGGGGGCGGGGGGGGGAUGGGCCUAGAGGGAAGUGAAACGUAACUCUUGAUAUAAAGAAAAGCGAUCACUUUGGACCGGCUCUGUUUUGGUCUCUGAAUUGAUGAGAUUAUUACUUUUUCACGUGAUCUUUCUGUAUCACAGCCAGAUGCAUGUCUGUCAGAGGGGCGAUGUGGGUUGAAAAAAGAAGUCUCUUAUGAUCCUAAAAAAUGAAAACAACACGAGCAUGUCAUAAAGAAAAUAUCCAUCUCUUUGUCAGUUGUGCAAUAUUUUCUUUUGGGGGGGGGGGGGGGGGGGAGAAUCCCUUGUCGUCAAUUCUGACCACAGUUUGAUCCCAUUCUUUUAGUUCAGCAUCUCAGUUGCUGCUCUGUACAUUUUAUUUAUGAGAUUAUUUCCUGAAGGAGAUAUAGUAUCUAUAUAUACUGUAUAUUGUGGAGUUUUCUGAACAUUUCUUUGUGUUAAUAAAAACUUGUGUAGCCCAAAAUGGGGUUGGGUCAAAAAAGGGGGAGGGGGGGGGUCAGAUUUUCUGUGUUUUGUGAAGUUUGCAUUGGAUGGAAAAGAUGUGAAUGAGUAAAUGCCCAGUUUAGUGUAAUUGGUAGACUAGUUAUGUAGAGUGUAACUGUCAAGUCAAGGUGUGUCUGUAUUCAACUGUGCAGUCUACCGAUCCCAUCAGUGUUAAAUCUAUUCUAUUUAAAUGUGUGUGGUCAUGGCUUCUUACACAUACACAAACAUCGUUGACACAAGUUCACAAGUGUAAGCCACUGAGUUCCUGGUAAGAAGUUGCCUGUGGACUUCGGCUACGGGUUCACUUUGAACUGAUUUCCUGAGAUGACCUGUUGUAGAUAAUGUAGGAUUUGGCUUUUCUUUAGAAAAGGUAUGUGCUUUGUAUUUGUAGAUGUAGACUUAAAUGACAAAAACACUUGAAAAGAGUCUGAUUUGGUGACUGAACGUUUAUAGUGAAUGGAUAGUAAGGCAUGCCAUGUAAAUUAUUUUAUAAUUGUAUAUGUCACGCAUCUUUUGAAUAAAAUGUCAUUGUUUUCUGAAAAA